CGUCAUAGCAACGACAACAAAUGAAUGUUGACAUUCUUCACAUUGGAAAAGUAUUUUUAUACGAUAACACCGUGAUAUAUAAUACAAGCGAAAAUGGGCUUCAAGAAGUUACGAUCGGCGUGGAAACGUCUCAAGAUAUUCUUUACAAAGAAGAAAGAUGUCGUUAUAUCAACAUCCGUUGGGACUUCGACAGACAUGAGUACUGGUUCACAUGUUGACUACGAAACAACUAAUGAACGUGACGACCAGUUCCUACAGAGGUUUCUGUUGAAGAAACAGAAAGAGGUCUCUGAUGAGAAAAGACGCCAACAGAAGAUGAGGUUCGAAAUGGCUGAACUUAAAGUUGCUAUUAAGCGGCUGGAGGCUACUAUUGCUUCUAAGAAGGAAGAAAUAAGGGCGAAAGAAGAAGCAAGAGGGUUUGAUACAAGAGAGCUAGUCCGAUUGCAAGCAAAUGUGCAAGUAUGCGAUGACCGAUCUAGCAAAGGACAGGGGCUAGAUGCCAGUCCAUCGACAUCUCAAAAACGGCCAACUAUUUCGCCAAAAAUUGGAUUGAUGUUGGAAACCCAGCCUAACUCCGUAGAAGAGAGUUUGAUCUGUAGAAGCCGAGAUUCUAGUACAUGCAAAUCAGUUUCAAUAUCCUUCCGUCAAAAGGACAUUGUUUCUGUAAUCAGUCCAGUCGUAGAUGACGACAUCAAAAUCCCUACUGACAGACCUGAUAACUGCCGUGGCGAAUUUGUGCAACAGAAGCGAAGACCAUGUGAAUCACCCACAUCUUCCGUGAAUCGCCCCUCUCGAAACCUUAAACCCUACAGUUACCAAUCAAGCAAAGGAUCAUGGUGUGAAGUCAGUGCAUCAAGCGUUAAAGAAGAAUCUCCAAUCCAUCUGAAGACACACGAGAUUGGACCUUUGUUAAACUUCACCCCUCUUGAUCUACCAAGGCAACGUCUGGUAGAGUGCUACUCAAACCACUUCAUGACUUUAGAACGGGAACAGAUCAUGAGAAGAGAAUCCUGCCUUCCGAAACCUGCCUGGCCGUCUAUUUCGCCCAAAGACCAUCAACAGAUCAACAGUUGCCACACAAGUAACACAUGCGAAUCAAUGCCAGGGUCCCAAAGUGCCUUCACACCCAAUAGCUGGCUAGGAAAUAAUUACGGCAGUCAGACUGGCAUUGAUCAUCCAACCGCUGGUCUCGAGUACUCCCGUAGCCAGACAGUUGGAUUAUUUCCGCACUUGGAUCUUGCACAUGGCAAGAGUAGAAAACCAAAUAGCGGCAAUACAGCAGGUGUGAAUGUCCCCUCUCAGAGACCUAGAUCGGUGCAAGGUCUUGGUAUCCAUUCUCUACAUCCCUCGACGAGACCAGACGCUGGACUUGACAGACCGACUUCCGAAUUGCACAUCAACCUAGACUUUCUAGACGGUGAUGACGAUGACCUAUCGAGCGCUGGAUCUAGCGUUCACAGUUUUCGACCCCGACAUUCCUCGACGAAAUCAAAUGCUGGACGUGACAAACCGACUUCCGAAUUUCACAUCAACCUAGACUUUCUUGACGAAGAUGACGAUGACCAAUCGAGCGUUGGAUCUAGCGUUCUCAGCGUUCGAUCCCUACAUUCCUCGACGAAACUAAAUGCUGGACGUGAUAAAGCGACUUCCGAAUUUCACAUCAACCUUGACUUCCUUGACGAAGAUGACGAUGAAAGUAUGGACGAGGGACCCAUGGCCAGUCCAGAACAAAUGCAUACACAACGAACUGAAGAGCAUUGUGACAGUCCGGAUAUUGUGUAUAGAACGCCACGCCCUUGCAUGGUCACGUACACUAGAAUUGGCGAAUCCGGAGACACGUGCACACACACAGCCCCACACUCGCACACAGGGGCAUAUGGGAUGAAUGGAAUGACUUCAGUGGAGGAUUAGACAUAUAAGAUUUAUUAAAGUGCAAUAGGAAUUUAUUACAACUUCUCAAACAUGCGACAUGGAUAUAGGAAGAGUAAAAGUCAAUAUAAGGCGUUGAACAAUUGUAAUACAUGGAGCGCAAUGGUAGUGUCGGUGCGCAAAGUGGGACUAUUUAUAGGUGAUUUGAGCAUUGCGUCAGCGUGGACGCCUUUACUGUCAA